AUGCGCCUGCACAGCACCACCCGCCUCGCCGCCCUCUCCUCGACCUCUGUCCACCCGCUCCUCGGCCUUCUAUCUCGAGCUCGAGCUCGAGCUCGAACCUCGACACCCUCACCCUCACCCUCUCGCCGCUCGCUCUCGCCCUUCCGCCCCGGACGAUACCUCAGCAGCAUGGCGCCCACACCCAUCCUCCUCUCGCCCUCGCGCGCAAAGGCGUCGGGCAUCACCCUGGCAGAGGACGAGUCGGCGUUUCGCGAAAACAGCGCCACCAUCGUCAUGCCCUCGGCCGAGGCCGCCUUCCUCAACCCCGUCCAGGAAUUUAACCGUGACCUCAGCAUCCUUGCCAUCCGCACCUGGAGCGAGCGCCUCGACGCCGAAAAGAGGAACCGCUUCCUCCAGUCCCACGCCAAGGCCAAGGCCAGCAACGCCAGGAACGCCAACAAGCGCAAGGCGCAUCGCAACGGCAACGGCAGCGGCAGCGGCGGUGGAAACGGCGAGGGUGUGAAGAAGGUCAAGGUCGACGACGGCAGCGCCGAGGCAUCCGCUGUCACCAUCGCCGGGGAAACGGCGGAGGCCGAGACUAAGGCACCCGAGGCGACACCCGCCACCGCCGGCGGCUCCUCAGACUCGACCCAAGAGCAGCAGCAGCAACAGAGCGGUCCGUCGUCGGGAGCCGCGCCCUCGCCGGCGGAACCGGCGUAUAGGCCGUACAAGUUUACGCUGCUCGAGGCGCUGAGCGCCACGGGCCUGCGCAGCAUCCGGUACGCAAAGGAGAUCCCGCUGCUCAAGACGGUCGUCGCCAACGACCUCUCGCCCACCGCCGUCGAGGCCAUGAAGCGCAACGUCGCCCUCAAUUUCCCGCCGGACCGGCCCGUAGACGAGUGGAUCGCCUCCGAGGCCAAGCAGAGCGAGGGCGCGGGCGCGGAUACGGCGGCGGCGGCGGCAGUGUCGGCGGCAGGGCAAGGGUCCGCCGCGGAGCUCGACGAGGAUGCGCUCAUGGAGCUCGAGAAUCGCGCCAAGGCGAAGCCGGCGGCCGAGGACGCGAUCCAGGCUUCGACGGCGGCGACGAGCACCGACGCCGAGGCAGCAGGCAGCACCGCCGAGGCUGCGACGACGGCGACGACGACGACGACGAAGAACGCCAUCCACCCCGACUGCAAGGUCAAGCUCAACGCGGGCGAUGCCAUCACGCUCAUGUACAUGCACCGCGAGCCGUCGAAGCGCUUCGACGUCGUCGACCUCGACCCCUACGGCUCCGCCUCGCCCUUCCUCGACGGCGGCGUCCAGUCGGUGACCGACGGCGGCCUGCUCUGCGUCACCUGCACCGACCUCGCCGUGCUGGCGGGCCACAACUACCCGGAAAAGUGCUUUAGCCAGUACGGCGGCGUCAGCGUGAAGGCCGAGUUCAGCCACGAGGUGGCGCUGCGCCUCGUGCUCCACACCAUUGCCACCAGCGCGGCGCGCUACGGCCGCUACAUCCAGCCGCUCCUCAGCCUCUCGAUCGACUUCUACAUGCGCACCUUUGUCCGCGUCUGGACGGGCCCGGUCGAGGUCAAGAAGAAUGCCAGCAAGACGGGCACCGUCUACGUGUGCGGCCAGUGCCAGAACUGGGACGUGCAGCGGCUGGGCCGCGCGACGCGCACCGAAAACGUCGGCAAGACGGGCCAGGCCAAUGUCAACUGGCGCUACCAGUCGGCCCACGGCCCGCCCGCCGAUGGCAGCACCGGCUGCUCCGAGUGCGGCGGGCGCAUGCACCUCGGCGGACCCAUGUGGAUGGGUCCGCUCCACGACCGCGACUUCUGCCAGUCGGCGCUGGCCAACCUCGAGCGCGACCCGUCGGCCUUCAACACGGCCCGGCGCAUCCACGGCAUGGUCUCGACCGCCUCGUCCGAGCUGCCCGAACACCCCUUCUACUUCACGCCGCCCAAGGUGUCGGGCCUCUUCCACUGCGUCUCGCCGCCGCUCGACAAGGUCGUCUCGGCGCUCGUCUCGGCGGGACACGACGUGUCGCGCUCCCACGCCUCGGCGGGCUCGAUCAAGACGAGCGCCACGCGCGCCCAGGUCUACGACGUCAUCCGCGCCUGGAUCAAGUCCAACCCGGUGCGCAUGGACAAGAUCAAGGAGUCGGACCCCGCCAACCGCCUCCUCGCAAAGGAGGCCCAGCGCGACUACGACUUUGACGCCACCGACAACGCCCGGGUCAAGGAGGUGUUGGGCGAGAAGAUGAUGCGGUACCAGGAGAAUCCGCAGGCCAAUUGGGGGCCCGGCACCGCCGCAAAGGGCCACAAGGGCAAGAAGAAGCGCAACGUCAGGCCCGACGACCUGGCGCAGUGA